AUGGCAUCCAAAGAGACAAAGACAUUCAGCCGCGAGGACGUCGCUCAUCACAACAAGGACGGGGAUCUGUGGAUCAUCAUCGACUCCAAAGUCUACGACAUCAGCAGAUUCAAGGAUCUUCAUCCCGGCGGUGCGUCGGUUCUGCUGGACGAGGAAGUUGCCGGAAAAGAUGCUACAGAGGCCUUCUACGGCCUUCACAGGCAUGAGGUCAUCAUGAAGCCUCAAUACGCCCGUCUCCAAAUCGGUGUCAUAGCGGGUGAAGCCGCUGUCAUACACAGCCGUGUAGUUGGCGAACUAAGCAAAGUUCCGUAUGCUGAACCAACUUGGUUGUCGGAGGGUUACCACAGCCCAUAUUAUACUGAUAACCACAGACGAUUCCAGAAGGCCGUUCGAAAAUUCAUGGAUGAAGUCGUUACGCCCGACGCACUUGCGAGGGAAGAAGACGGAAAGCCCCCCAGUCAAAGCGUGAUCGAAGCUAUGUCGAAGAUCAAUAUGCACGCCAUGCGAAUGGGGCCAGGAAAACACCUGCAAGGCAUGGAGUUGAUGGAAGGCAUUGUCAAGCCUGAAGAGUUUGACUAUUUCCACGAGUUGAUUAUCACUCAAGAAUUUGCGCGAAGUGGAUGCCGGGGCUAUGGCGAUGGACUCAUGGCUGGGUCGGUGAUCGGUCUUCCUCCCGUUUUGAAUUUCGGAAGCAAGGCAAUUAAGGAGAAGGUCGUUCCGGAUGUGUUGUCUGGCAAGAAGCUCAUUUGUCUUGCUAUCUCGGAGGCCUUUGCUGGCAGUGACGUCGCUGGUCUCAAAACAACUGCGCGUAAGACCGAAGACGGCAAAUACUGGAUCAUAAACGGGACGAAGAAAUGGAUUACCAAUGGAACGCAAGUGGAGUUUGGCUUUUUCUUUACUGUUGGUUGCAAAACUGAGGACGGAUUUACUGUUAUUCUGGUCGAGCGGGGGGAGGGCGUUGAAACCAAAGCAAUCAAGACGAGCUAUUCCCCGACGGCGGGGACAGCUUUCGUUACCUUCGACAAUGUUAAAGUGCCAGUCGAAAAUACUCUUGGCCCCGAGGGAGGAGGAAUCUUUGUGAUACUCAGUAAUUUCAAUCACGAGCGUUGGGUAAUGGCAUGCUCCUCUGCAAGGAGUCAACGGUUUAUCGUUGAAGAAUGCCUGAAGUGGACCAGUCAAAGGAAAGCGUUCGGCAAACCCUUAAACUCGCAAGCUGUUAUACGAAGCAAGUUGGCGGCGAUGAUCUCUCGGGUGGAGAGUGUACAAAACUGGCUUGAGAAUUUGACCUAUCAAAUGAAUAACAUGUCCUACAAAGAACAGGCUUCGAAAUUGGCAGGACCUAUCGGUCUUCUGAAGAUGCGUGCGACACAUUCCGCCCAGGAAACUGCCACAGACGCUGUUCAGGUAUUUGGUGGCCGUGGUAUCACCCGCACAGGCAUGGGAUCGUUUAUCGAGCACUACCAUCGAACCGUUCCCUUCGAUGCAAUUCUUGGAGGAGCGGAAGACGUGUUGGCAGAUCUUGGGGUUCGACAAGCUAUCCGCGCCAUACCCAAGAAUGCUAGACUGUGAUUCCUCGUGGUUUCUAGCCAUCACGACACUCAUCCUCGCAAUGAUACCUAACAUACUCCUUCAUUCCAUAAGUUUAUGCAUCCAGAUAACGAAGACACGGCUGGAGGGACAUGUAAAUUAUCUAAAUAUAGUCUGUUUUUGUCGAAGCCCGGUCGUAGCUGCUACAGAUCCAGGUCUCGAGGAUUUCCAUGAUCCCCAUCCCAGUUGCUCAAUGAUUAGCUUCUUGGCGAAUAUUUCGCCAAAGCCGAGCAUAACACCGUUCACAAAUGGUAAGAGCAUGUUGAUAGCCAGCGAAGACAAGAGCGCUUUUAUGCGAGUUUUCGUCGACAGAGACGAGUCGAAGAUGGCCAUGGUCGCAGUCUGAGGAACGGAAUGAGGACGGGUGGCUUGAAGUUGUGGGGAAGGGGAGUCGGUGCGAUCUGGGAAUGACAUGGACGGGAAAGAGGACGUGACUGAGGAAUGGACAUCCUCCCACCGCUGUGAAUCGUCUGUGAGGCUUGCAGGUUGCUCAACCGUCGUUAUGAUUGAUGACGAAAGACUCUCUUGCACAACUUGUGGAGCGGAAGGAAGUUCCUCAACGGUAGCUUCGGCGCCUCUACGAGCAGCUUCCUCCUUCUCUACCUUACGGAUGGCUUCCCACCUCUCUCGUUCCUUUUCCGCCUUGAGUCGGGCUUCCGCGGACUGGGCGCGCCAGGACUGAAGCUGAGCCUCAUACUGCUCCUUCCAGUCGUCUGAUCCCUCACUUUUCUCUGAUAUAGAACUCUCGGUAGACACUUGGGUUGCGGCCUCCGGUUUUGAUUCUGGCUGGCUAACGGCAGCUGAAUCGGGUUGCUCAGGCUGAACGGGACGUGGCCGAGAAGGUGGGGCAGAGAAGGAUCGGUGGAGGGCCGCCUCAAGAAUGGCA